AUGGCCCUUGAAGAAUUGCAGUAUUCUGAAGUGUCUACUAAAUUACAAAAAGGGUUUACAGCGCCACUCAGUGAGCCAGAAACAAAGAAGACAUUGUCUAAAUCUAAAAAGCUUCGAAUUGCAUUCAGACCAAUAUUUUGUUACAGCAUCAUCCAUCAAGCUGUUUUUGUACAACAACCUUUUGCUGAAGGUACACCAGAGGAAGGAUCAUCUGAAGAUUUAAUGUUCUCCAUGGCUAUUCCAGGUUCUCUUACUGCACCCUUCAUUGCUUUUGCUUCUUUAUUCUUCAUCCUGGUUUCAAUCACAACCUUUUGCCUGGAGACACAUGAAGCUUUCAAUAUUGUUAAAAACAAGACAGAACCAGUCACCAAUGGCACAAGUGUUGUUCUGCAGUAUGAAAUUGAAACGGAUCCUGCCUUGACAUAUGUAGAAGGUGUGUGUGUGGUGUGGUUUACUUUCGAAUUUUUAGUCCGAAUUGUUUUUUCACCCAAUAAACUUGAAUUCAUCAAAAAUCUCUUGAAUAUCAUUGACUUCGUGGCCAUCCUGCCCUUCUACCUGGAGGUGGGACUCAGUGGGCUGUCAUCCAAAGCUGCUAAAGAUGUCCUUGGCUUCCUCAGGGUGGUCAGGUUUGUGAGGAUCCUGAGAAUCUUCAAGCUCACUCGUCAUUUUGUAGGUCUGAGGGUGCUUGGACACACUCUACGAGCUAGUACUAAUGAAUUUUUGCUGCUGAUAAUCUUCCUGGCUCUAGGAGUUUUGAUAUUUGCUACCAUGAUCUACUAUGCGGAGAGAGUAGGAGCUCAACCUAACGACCCUUCAGCUAGUGAGCACACGCAGUUCAAAAACAUUCCCAUCGGGUUCUGGUGGGCUGUCGUGACCAUGACUACCCUGGGUUAUGGGGAUAUGUAUCCCCAAACAUGGUCAGGGAUGCUUGUGGGAGCACUGUGUGCUCUGGCUGGAGUGCUGACAAUAGCCAUGCCUGUGCCUGUCAUUGUCAACAAUUUUGGAAUGUACUACUCCUUGGCAAUGGCGAAGCAGAAACUUCCAAGGAAAAGAAAGAAGCACAUCCCUCCUGCCCCCCAGGCAAGCUCACCUACUUUUUGCAAGACAGAAUUAAAUAUGGCCUGCAAUAGCACACAGGGUGACACGUGUUUGGGCAAAGACAAUCGACUUCUGGAACAUAACAGAUCAGUGUUAUCAGGUGACGACAGUACAGGAAGUGAGCCGCCAUUAUCACCCCCAGAAAGGCUCCCCAUCAGACGCUCUAGUACCAGAGACAAAAACAGAAGAGGGGAAACAUGUUUCCUACUGACAACAGGGGAUUACACAUGUGCUUCUGAUGGAGGGAUCAGGAAAGGAUAUGAAAAAUCCAGAAGCUUAAACAACAUAGCGGGCUUGGCAGGCAAUACUCUGAGACUCUCUCCAGUAACAUCACCCUACAACUCUCCUUGUCCUCUGAGGCGCUCUCGAUCUCCUAUCCCAUCUAUCUUGUAAACCAAAAUGCAUCAGUCAACUAAAUUGUAUUAAUUCAAGUACUGUUCAACCCCAGUGGAAAUAAUUACAUGUAAAGUUACUCCAGGCUCCAUUAAUACAGUAUAACUCUUGCAUGAUACUACUAUUUGAAGUCAGACAUGCCACUUGAGUAGCUAACAAAUCCUAUCCUGGCUUAAAGAUGAUCUAAAGUAGUGCUACUACUUAUCCAUAUUAAUUGCCCUGAUCUCUUUUGCAAUAAAAUGACAGUUAGUGUCAGAUAUUGGCCAGUACACUAAUACAUAAACGCAUCUUCAGGGAGAUGAAUUUUAAACAGUGUGCUUCCAAAUGCCAACCAUUUCACUGGAACUUCAUAUCUUGUGACUCUAAACCAUUCUGAAGAUGUCUGGGAUCCUAUCUUGAUUGCUCACAACAUGACUUUGGCCAGCAAAUUUGCAUGGACCAUCUUGUCUCUAUCACCUGAAAGCUAUGUUGCAGAGCUUGGGGACCACGGAUGGCUCAGGUUAUGUGUACUUGCAUUGAACCAUCCUGCUGAUACAAAAGCACUCAUCAAUUGUUCUGCAUGUUGAAUUGUGGGGCAGGGCGGGCAAGUUUCUCCUUGACUAUUUUUUCCUUAUAGCUUGAAAGAAAUAUUUGUUUUACAUAGUUUAAUUUCUUGAUUGAUUUAGUUUUCUUCGAAAAUGCUGUAUUGGAGUUCUGAAUGUCUCUGGUUGUUUGCACACAGAUUGCAAAGGGAUUGUCAUUACUGGUUACACGCAAGCUGAGGCCAGAUCUCUUACUUAAUGACUUGGGGAAGGCACAAAACAUGACAGAAAGGUAACUGCCAGGCUUGCAAUGUUUAGCCAGGAGCUGCUGUUUAGUACUAGACUCAUAUUUUUUUUAACUGCAGGAUUUAUCAUUAUUUUCAGACGCAGAGUGCAAAAUAUCACUAAAAGCUCUGUGUCUCUUUUACCCCCUCCCUUUAUUUUUAUUUAUUAAUUUUUGUUUAAGCAUCAGUGGUCAUUGGUGUUCAUGGGUGGCUUUACUGAGUGGCCUUAAAUUUCUGAAUCAAAGGAUUAAUGUGAUUUUUAGGCAAUGUUUAAUCAGGUGCUUUGUCCUGUAUGUUGUUUCUGUCUGUCUGUCUUAGCUCCCUGUCUACUGUAUAUCCAUCUGUCUCAUGAAGCAUAGAAAUGUCUUGAUAAGGUGUUCAUGAUUUUGGUACUGGGUCCCCCACCCCAACCCCCACCACCUGCCUUCUUUGCUAUUUGGAGCAGCCUUUCUCCCUUGUGUAUAAAUUAAUAACACCCCAUAGACUACCUAAGUUAAUCGGCACUGUGAAUCUUUUUGAUAAGCAGAAUUAAAGCAGGAAUUUCAUCAUUGCACUUGCCUGCCUGCUGCAGUGUCAAUUUCUACUACCUAGCAACCAGCAUUCAUCAUUACACUCCAACAAAAUCCUUAGGGAGUCUUAUUCAGUAUGAGUGGAAGAGAGUCUGUUUACACACCCUUAUGAACGCAAUAGCAAUAGCAUAUCUGGUGUAUUGGGCAUAUGAGGAAAGGAAAAUGCCAUAGUAUAUAAAUUGAGGAUAAAAAUAAUACUCUAAGGCAUUCAGGAUCCUCAAGACUGUUGAUUAUAUUUACUUCCCAUGUUUAUUUAUUUAUUUUGUUAGAAAGACAAUUGUCACUUUUAUUAUUGGCCACGAUACACAUAUUACUAUAUCAUUAUCUCCAAGUGCUAGAGCAUGAUCUGCAUGUCAGAGAUCUUGUACAGCAAUGUAUUUAGCCAGACGUACAUACCUGAUAUUUAAAGAUGAAGUGAUUCUUUUGAUAACAUCACACAGAGAAUAUUAUAAUUUCACACGUUCGCAGUAAAGAAAUUAAUAUGCUGUCUGGUGCUGCUGUUAUUGACUACAGUGUUAUACAGAAUUUAUCAUGGAUUUUUGACUGCUGAAAAAGGGACAGUGGAAUUUAGCCAUACCAAGGAUUGUACUGGAAAGACUUCUGCUGCUGUUUGUGCCCUGAUGUGAUCAAGUUGCACUUGGAAGAGGUCCCCACGUCUUUAUGAGACAUUUACAGUUUAUAAAAGAACCAUGGCUGAAACUCAUUUGGUGCUCCCCAUAUGAGUGGUCUGCUUGUAGACUAGCCAGUGUCCACAAAACACCUGUAAAUACCAACAUAUGCAUGGGUCAACAGCUUUUGGCCAUUUCACAUCAAGGGAAGCCAAAUUCAGGAUCAAUAUCUCUGAAGUUCAAGUAAGGCCCAUACUUUGAAUUUCUCUUCAUGGGCCUGCAGUAGAUUGUGCUGUAAAUUAUAUAAGGCACUGAUACUGAUGUAGUAUAGGUCUGUCUUAAUUCCCUUUACUUCUACUUUGUUCAUCGCAUCUAUGAACAUUGUAUCAUUUUAUUAUAAACCACCUAUGUUAUCAGCUUGUCAAUUCUGUUGUGAAAUUUUUGGUGUCUAUCAGAACUGUUCUAUUCUUAGUUAUAUAUUUGUUUAGUUAUGGAAAAUUGUUAUGGCUUAAAAGGAACUCACAAACAUCAUUCAUAGUUUAAGUCCUUUGUCAUUGUUACCUCAAUUAUAAAUAUCCAAAAAAUAAAAUUCUGGAAAUGAGAGUAUUUUUUUAUUAAAUGAUCAA